AUGCGCAAAGGGCACGAAGAGACACACACUCUCAGAGCCUCACUCCCCUGCACACUGACAUUUAGAAAAGGGUCUAAAUUCUCCUGUCAUUUGCAAAGGACAGGGGGAAAGGAGUUGUGGCAAGACCUAGCCAGAGGAGACUUGUGUGACUUUUCCAGCAAGUUGGACGGCUUUUCUCGAUUUUUUUUCGGCCCCCCUUUCCCACGCUCAUCUGGAACCGGGGCUCCGGAGGCAGCAGGUGGAGCGAGAGGAGCCCGAGGGGGCGGGGGCGGAGAAAGGUCAAGGCGAGGGAAAGGCAGGAGACGCCUUUGCCUAACCUGCGUGGCGGGGCGUUCGUGCGGCUCUCGCUCUCUCCCUGCUUAUUUAUCGAUCGCACGGGCAGAGCAGCGCGCGGAGCUCGCUCGGGGGAGAUGCGGGACCACCCACUGGCGGGGAAGCAGCGAGCAGCCCUCUCGCGCCCCCGCGCCGCCGAGCGCCUCCUGCCUCCGCGCCCGGACGCCAGCCCACUCCUGCCUCGGUCCCGGCCCCACGCUGCCACCGCCUGCCCCGCAGCCCCGGAACCCCGCAGUCCCGGAGCCCCGCAGCCCCGCAGCGCCCCGACCCCGGGGACGCCGGCCGCGCAGUAAGUUGGCAGGAGCGAGUGGCCUGGGCGGCUCGCCUCCCCCGCACCUUUUUGAACUUGUUGCUGUUGGCUCUGCUCGCCUGCGCCUGGCUUUUGGGAAGGUGACAAGGAGGAGGGAGGCACAGAGGGUGGGGGAAGGGGACAGAGAGCUCGCCAGAGCUUUAUUUAUGCUCCCCGGGAGCCUGGGAUCUGGCUGCUCGGGAGCCGCUGGCUCUGCCUUUCCCUUUCCGGGUGCAAGGCGACAGCAAAGUCUCUAUGCAACUCAGCCCCGGCGCGUACUUUGCCAGGUAUGUACGGCGGGCGAGGCGCGUUCUGCGCGGAGGCAGAUGCUGCUGCCGCCACGGCGGCGGCGGCUGCCAGCUCCCGAGCUCUAUAACUGUCACACUGCACCUGAGCUGAACUUGAACAGAGAGUGA